CUGAAGCAACUUGAAACAACGGAAAUGAAUCCAUCUUAGUUAGUGGUCCAUCGUCCCCCAGCGUCAACCCAUAAGGAAACUACGACAAGCAAGGUGGAGAUCCUAUGAGAGGAAAGAGGCAGCUCAAUGCGACAUUUCAGAGCUGGGUUUACGUUAAUUGUACUGAUACUCUUCCAGGGCAGUGUGUGUGCCAAGACCAUCUUCCUACAUCUUCCAUUAGCUCCAGGACUGUUCACCAACACCAGCACCCACAAUGAGCAUGCAACUUGAAUUGAAGAAUUUGAUUCUGAGAGCUGGAGAUCAGCUGAAAGUAAAGGGGACAAUUCUGCAUGAUGCUGAGAGAUUCCAGAUCGACCUCGGCUGUGGUGCAGACGACCUGGCACUGCACUUUAACCCUCGUUUCCAGGAUGACACUGAUGGAGCCGUUCUAAUUUGCAACUCAAAGAUUGCUGGUUGUUGGGGCGAUGAGAAACGUGAAAUACACAACCCCCUACAGAGAGGCACAGAUGUCAAGCUUGUGUUGAAGUUGGGUGGAGACAUGUUUGAGGUGGAGCUUCCUGAUGGACAGGAAGUUCAGUUUCCCAACCGUGACAACAUGGACGUCAUCAGUUACAUCAAAAUUGCAGGGGACUUCAAACUGACUUCCUUCAAGAUCUGCUAAGAGACACAGCUGCUGUAACACAUACAUGCAUGUCACGGUUAUCAGUUUGGUUAAAGGUUCAAUGUGUAAUUGUGUGUAGCACAGACUGCUGUAACUUGUUCCCACUUGAAACCGCACUAUUGUUUUUCUAAGGAACUUGAACUGAAUUGCAAUAUCAGUCAAAAUAAUCGCAAUUGAAUAUU